CGGACACUGCAGUGUAGGUUACUGUGCCAUCAGUGCGGCUGCUCGCUCCCGACAACACCACGUCCCGCAGCAGACUCCCCGAGUCCGGGACGAAGAGGGGAGAGAGCCGGGAGCCAUGGCGGAGUCCAACCCACGGUGGGGGUUCCCUCGCCUGCGCCGGGCCGCGACCUCGUUUCCAGGCAAUCUGCAUUUGGUGUUGGUGCUCCGCCCCACCGGCCUGUUGAGCACCACCCCCAGUCCGUCUUCAAGCACUGACAUCGGCUUCCGCUUCAGCCAGGAUGACUUCCUGUUAAAAAUGCCGGUGGUGAUGCUGCGUUCAGUUGGCGACCUGCUGCGCUACAUCGAUGAAAACCACCUCACAUCAGACUUUGCUGCGAAAGUGGAGUACUGCCAAAGUGACUGGAUCGUCCUCCGCACGGCCAUCGAGACCUUUGCAGUGACAGUGAAGGAGAUCGCUCAGCUCCUGCAGGGCUUUGGAUCAGAGCUGUCAGAGACCGAGCUUCCAGACGAAGCUAGUGCCAUCGAGUUCCUGUUGCACUCACACACACACCGAUACCGACAGAUGAAGGAUGACAUCAGGAAUGUGCUGAAAGAGGGACGCCUGCUGCUGUCAAACCUGGAGACUGUGAAGGCCUCGAAGAGAGAUGCGGAGGAGGAGAGGGACAUCAGAGGAGACAUGGACACUGUCCAAAGGCUCCUGGCUCAGCUCAGAGACAUGGAGGAGGCGUUUGAUGGCUUCUUUGAGAAACACCAUCUGAAGCUGCAGCAGUACCUCCAGCUGCUGCACUAUGAAAUGAGCUUCCAACAGAUGGAUGAGGUGCUGGAGAGAAUCACAGAUCAGGAGAAGGAGAUCGCCUUUGUGGGGACGACAGUGGUCCAGACGGAGCAGCUAAUUAAAGAUCUGGAGAUGCUGGACGCACGAGCUCAGGAGGAAAUGUCUCGAGCCCAGGUGGUCAUCCUGCACGGUCACCAGUUGGCCGCAAACCACCACUACGCCCUGGCGCUCAUCAUCCAGCGCUGCAACGAGCUGCGGCAUCACUGUGAUGUUAUCACCCUUGCCACACGCACCAAGCGGGCCUCGCUGAAUCGAGGGCUAGACCUGCUGCUACGCCUGGAGGGGGCCCUGCGGUGGUGCGACGAGGGUGCCUACCUCCUGGCGAGUCAAAUGGUGGACAAGUUCCAAACCAGGGAGGGAGCUCAGGAGGCGCUGCAAUACCUGAGCUGUCACCAGGAGAGGGCGCCGUCUGCACUGAAGAACAGCCAGGAUAUCCUGAGCCUGGAGUUUGAAGCUAUACUCAGCCCUCAGCUGCAGUCCCAGAUCUCGAUGGUGACAGAUAAGCUGAACGCGAUGCAGUGCAUGAUCAGGAACAGGGAGCAGUGUCUGAGGAAGCUGGCAGAUGUGCAGGUCAGACCGAUUCAGCUGGUGGCCCCCAGACCGGAACCAGAGCAGACCUCACAGCGCUGCAAGUCCCCCCUCUUCUCCCCCAAACAUGGAGUCGAUUUUAAUGUCCUGAACUCCAAGUUCUCCUUUGACCUGCUUCCUGGCAAAAGAGCUGCAAGGAGGAACAACAGCCAACGCAAGAUUGAGGUGAUGCAUGACUUUCAAGGGAACCGCAGCUGUUUGUACGGAUCCACCACUGAGACGGAGUCAGAGACGGAGGACAAUCCCGAGCAGGUCACACGCCAUAUAAUGAAGGAGCUGAUCGCGACAGAGAGGAUCUAUGUGGACGAACUGCUCUCUGUUCUUCUGGGCUACAGGGCAGAAAUGGAGGAUCCAUCCAUGUCUAAUCUUCUCCCUUCAGCUCUGCUCUGCCAGAAGGACGUUCUGUUUGGCAACAUGCCGGAGAUUUACCAGUUCCACAGCAGGAUCUUCCUCCAGGAUCUGCAGGGUUGCCUGGAGACGCCAGAGAGGGUGGGGGCCUGUUUCCUGAAGCGGAAAGAGAAGUUCCAGGUGUACGAGCGUUACUGCCAAAACAAGCCUCGCUCUGAGAUGCUCUGGAGACAAUGCUCUGAUUCGCCGUUCUUUCAGGAGUGCCAGAAGAAGCUGGACCACAAGCUGGGUCUGGACUCUUACCUCCUGAAACCAGUCCAGCGUCUGACCAAGUACCAGCUGCUGCUCAAGGAGCUGCUGAAGCACUGCAGCGAGGAUCGAUACCGCUCUGAGCUGAAGGAGGCGCUGAACUCGAUGCUGGAGCUGCUCAAGUCUGUCAACGACUCCAUGCAUCAGAUCGCAAUCACUGGAUAUCAGGGAGACCUCAGUCAGCUGGGCCGGGUGGUGAUGCAGGGCGGCUUCAGCGUGUGGAUCAGCCAUAAGAGUGCAGCGGUGCGGAUGAAGGAGCUGGCCAGGUUCAAGCCCAUGCAGAGACACCUCUUCCUCUACGAGCAUGCCCUCCUCUUCUGCAAGCGCAGGGACGAGGACUCUCAUGACAGGGCGCCUUUCUACAGCUUCAAGUCCUGCCUCAGAAUGAGCGCAGUGGGAAUCACAGAAACAGUGAAAGGAGAUGUGAAGAAAUUUGAACUGUGGUACAGCGGCAGAGAAGUGGUGUACAUAGUUCAGGCUCCCACAUUGGAGGUGAAAGUCGCCUGGUUGACAGAGAUACGAAAGAUUCUCACAAACCAGCAGAGACUGCGUCGAGACGAGACUCCUCCUCUUCCGCUCUCAGACAAUCCUCUCUCCGACAGUGCAUCAGAGAUGUGUGUGUCGUGGGGCGGAGCAUCGGUGGGAGGCUGCUCAGCGUGUCUCCCUGUUCCUCACAGCUCCUCGGCAACAAGCCACUCCCAUAAGCACAGAGGGGAGGAGUCGGUGCACAGUAGCCCCGCCCACUCAGACCCCGUGGUUAACUCACCUCGACGCACGUGGCCUGUCCAUGCACACUCGGUGGCGAUCUGUGAUGGCCUGGAGGACUGGGGUGCUACAGAUCUCUCUAACAUAUCUGACUCAGACGAGGAGGAUCAGCCGGCCCCUCUGGUGGCAGGCAGGUACAGGGUCAUGGUGGAGAGCAGCAUGGCCAGCACUGAUGACAUCAUCUUUAACUCUGGUGAUGUCAUCCAACUGCUUCAUGAGGAAGUGUCAGGAAUGUGGAUGGUGAGGAAUGUAAGCCGCGGUGAAGAAGGCCGUGUUCUACCUGAGGACCUGCACAGGAUACUUGGAGAGACCUGCUGAGAGCCAAUCAGAACAAAGGAUGGAUGACACG